AGGUGCUUGGGGAGAUGGAGUGAAGGGUAAGCGGGGGGCGUCCUCCAGUUGGCGAGGAAAGGCCUUAGGAUCUUUUCGUUUCCGAAACAAAAGGAGGGAAAUUCCGGUACAGUCUGAUGAUAUCACUAAACUGUAACAACUCGGCUUCAUUUAUUACCUCAAAGAGGACUUCCACUGGAGUGGCACUUACGGUCUUCUGGCUAUGCUGUGUUCAUUGAUCAGUCAUGGACCCAAAGGACAAGUGUCGGGAUGAGAUGACUGUAAAUCUGGGUCUCACCACAACGAAGGCCUUGACUAUCCUGAGAGACCAGCUUUCUGCACUGCUGGAGGGGCAUCAAAAGGAAAGAAAGAAGGUGAUUUCAUGGAAGGAGGUAUGGAAGGCCAGUUUUCUGUACCAUGGAAACCGUUGCUCCUGUUUCCAUUGGCCAGGGGCAUCCCUAAUGCUGCUGACAGCGCUGCUGCUUUUAUGCUGUUAUGGGAGCCAGCCAGAAGGAAGUGAAGGGUCUGAAAUUGUAAAUGCCUUGGCACUCUUCCUCCUCCUGCUGCUCGAUCUCUUUCUCAUUGGACGGCAAGAAAGACUAAAGCACCAGGAAGUUGAAAGGAGGCUCCGGAACAUAAUCAACAGAAUAAAUGAUGCCUUGAAUGAUGGCAUAGAGCUGAAGUGGGCAAACUCCGUGUAUCCUGACCUUCACAUGCCCUUUGCUCCUUCUUGGUCACUCCAUUGGGCCUACAGGGACGGCCAUCUUGUCAACCUUCCUGUCAGCUUGUUGGUAGAAGGUGAUGUUGUUGCCCUGAGGCCAGGGCAGGAGUCUUUCACUUCUCUCAGGGGGAUAAAGGAUGAUGAGCACAUAGUUUUGGAGCCAGGAGAUCUGUUUCCCCCCUUUUCUCCUCCACCAUCACCAGGCGGAGAGAUGAAGAAGGGCCCUCAUAACCCCCAGCUGUAUCGACUGUUUCGUGUCACAAAGACGCCUGUGAUUGACAGUGUCAGGUUGUGUUUGGACACGGCUUUGUCCCGUCCUGUGACUGCUCUGGAUAAUGAGAGGUUCACGGUGCAAUCAGUGAUGCUCAAAUACGCCGUUCCUGUUGUGCUGAUCAGCUUCUUGGUCACCAAUGCCAUGCGCACUAUUUUCAAGGCUCCUGGAGUAGUCUCUUGGCAGUACAUGCUUCUUCAGCUGCAAGUCAAUGGUGUAUUGCCCAUCCUACCACUACUUUUUCCAGUACUAUGGAUUCUUGCUACAGCCUUUGGUGAAGCCAGAGUCUUGGCACAGAUGAGCAAGACGUCACCUACUUCUCUGCUGGCUAAGUUCUCAGAGGAUACACUCAGCAGCUACACAGAGAUGGUAUCUUCCCAGGAAAUGAUACGGUGUAUCUGGGACCACUUUGUGCAUGUUCUGAAGGGGAAGUCUCCAGCACUCACCUUCACCUCCAGUUUACUUCACAGCUUGGGAUCUGUCACAGUGCUUUGCUGUGUGGAUAAGCAAGGAAUUCUGUCCUGGCCUAAUCCCAGUCCAGAGACGGUUUUGUUCUUUAGUGGCAAGGUGGAAGCCCCCCAUAGCAGCCAUGAAGACCUGACAGAUGAGAUCUCCACUCGUUCCUUUUGCCAUCCGGAAAUGGACGAAGAGCCUCACGAAAGGGAUGCUCUGCUCUCGGGGCCUUUGUCAGACAUAGUUCGCAUCACCAACGAGCAAGACAGAACUGAAUGGUCUACCAGCAACACUCCCAAAGCAUCUGAUGCUCAUAUCCACAAGAAAACAUCCGGCCGAAGCAAGCACCCUUCGGGAUCCAAUGUGAGCUUCAGUAGGGACACCGAGGGGGGAGACGAGGAGCCAGUUCAGAGUCAGGUUGAGGGUGACAGCGAUGGGCUGGCAUGUGAGGCGGAAGACUUUGUGUGUGAUUACCACCUGGAGAUGCUCAGCCUGUCUCAGGACCAGCAGAAUCCCUCCUGCAUCCAGUUUGAUGAUUCCAACUGGCAGAUGCACUUAACCUCUCUCAAGCCCCUGGGCUUGAAUGUGCUGCUCAAUCUGUGCAACGCAAGUGUGUCAGAACGCCUGUGCCGCUUCUCUGACCACCUCUGCAACAUCGCCUUACAGGAAACACACAACGCUGUGUUGCCCGUUCAUGUGCCCUGGGGGCUCUGCGAGCUUGCCAGGCUUAUAGGCUUUACACCUGGUGCCAAAGAGCUUUUUAAGCAGGAGAACUAUUUGGCCCUUUAUCGCUUGCCCUCUGAUGAGAUGGUGAAAGAGAUGAUGCUUGGGAAGCUCUCGUUCAUCACCAAGAGGAGACCGCCUUUGAGUCACAUGAUUAGCCUUUUUGUUAAAGACACGACUACCAGCACUGAGCAGAUGCUUUCCCACGGGACAGCUGACAUCAUCCUUGAGGCCUGCACAGACUUCUGGGAUGGCUCCGAUAUUUAUCCGCUUUCUGGCUCUGACAGGAAGAAAGUGUUGGAUUUCUACCAGCGUGCCUGUCUCUCAGGCUAUUGCUCUGCCUUCUCCUACAAGCCCAUGCAAUGUGCCUUGUCCUCACAGCUCAACGGCAAGUGCAUAGAACUAGUGCAGGUCCCUGGUCAGAAUGCAAUUUUCACAUCCUGUGAUCUCCCAGGGACGACACCCAUCAAGCAGAACAGCCGAAGGAACAGCUGGAGUUCUGAUGAAGGGAUCGGGGAAGUGAUGGAGAAGGAGGACUGCAUUCAAGCUCUGAGCGGUCAGAUCUUCAUGGGAAUGGUCUCAUCUCAGUAUCAGGCCCGGUCAGAUGUGGUUCGCCUCAUUGAGGGACUAGUCAAUGCCUGCAUUCGGUUUGUCUACUUCUCCCUGGAAGAUGAACUCAAGAGCAAGGUAUUUGCUGAAAAAAUGGGACUUGAGACUGGUUGGAACUGUCAUAUAUCCCUAACUCCCAAUGGAGAUGUGCCUGGCUCUGAAGUCCCUCCCUCCAGCCCCAGCCAUGCAGGCUCCUUGCAUGAGGACUUGCAUCAAGUCUCUCGAGAUGAUGCAGAGGGGCUUCUGCUGAUGGAAGAAGAAGGACACUCGGACCUUAUUAGCUUUCAACCAACAGACAGUGACAUCCCCAGCUUCCUGGAGGACUGUAAUAGGGCAAAACUUCCCCGGGGAAUCCACCAGGUGAGGCCCCACCUGCAGAACAUCGACAACGUGCCUUUGCUUGUUCCUCUGUUUACAGAUUGCACCCCAGAAACCAUGUGUGAGAUGAUUAAGAUCAUGCAGGAAUAUGGGGAGGUCACCUGCUGCCUAGGCAGCUCGGCCAACUUGCGCAACAACUGCCUCUUCCUUCAGAGUGACAUCAGCGUAGCCCUGGAUCCUCUUUAUCCUUCCCGCUGCUCCUGGGAGACGUUUGGUUAUGCCACCAGCACGAACAUGACUCGUAUUUCUGAUGAGCUGACUCCUCUUCAGCUGUCUGGCCAGCUGAACAGCUUGUCUUGCUCCCUGUCCAUUUAUCCUGAAGAAACUAUUGGGAUCAUCCGGCUCAUAGAGCAGGCCCGGCAUGCAACAUACGGCAUCCGCAAGUGCUUCCUCUUCCUCCUGCAGUGUCAACUGGCUCUGGUCAUCAUCCAGUUCCUCUCUUGCCUGGUGCAGCUUCCCCCCAUUCUCAGUACCACGGACAUCUUGUGGCUCUCCUGCUUCUGCUACCCGCUACUAAGUGUUUCCCUCCUGGGCAAGCCCCCUCAUAGUUCCAUCAUGUCUGUGGCAACUGGGAAAAAUCUGACCUCCAUUCCUAAAAAGACCCAGCACUACUUCUUAUUCUGCUUUCUGCUGAAAUUCAGCCUCACCAUCUGCUCCUGCUUGGCUUGCUUUGGCUAUACGCUGCAAGACUACUGUGCAAACUUCAAUUCCUCUGCCUUCAAUGUCACAGGCUGCACCUCAGUCAUGCUGGACAGUCAUGUAGAAGGAGCUCCUGAUUGGUUUGGAUCCUUUUCCAACAUUCUUCUCCUGUCUCAGAAGCUCACCGCUGGAAUGAUUGUCUUACAUACUGUGUUUAUAUCUGUCACCCACGUCCAUCGCACCAAACCACUGUGGAAAAAAAGCCCAUUUACUAACAUCUGGUGGACCCUGACGGUGGUGGUGGUGUUGCUGGGCCAGGUUGCCCAAACCCUCCUGGACUUGAAGCUCUGGGUAAACCUCAAGUCUCCCGUGGCCUACAAAAUGGAUGAUAUCCCCAUGACCUCCUGGCUUCUGGGCUUGCUCUCGCUCAUUCUUGUUGUGAUCAUCAAUGAGUCUGUCAAACUCCAUGAAAUCAGGGUCCGAGUACGUUACCAGAAGAGGCAGAAGCUGCAAUUUGAAACCAAGCUGGGCAUGAAUUCUCCGUUCUAAUCCCCACCAGUAGGAGGUGCUGUUUGUGGGGGCUGAGGGCUGCAUGUUCCUUUCCCACAUUGCCCCUUGACACUUUGCUGGGUGAGAGAGAGGACAAAGACCCUCUGGCCGCUGCAGGAUCAGUAGAGACGAGCCACUGGGAGAUGGACACCUACAGCAGGAGACCAGCACAAAGCGUCAGUGCAGACAGACUGCUGUUGUUCCUUUUAUUUAUUUCAGCACCUCUUCCUUAGGCAUUCUUUGGGAUCCAUCAGGCUGAUGUGGAUCCCAGAUGGCUGUAUGCAAGGAAUUCCCAUUUGAUGUGUUUUUUUUUCUCGUAACAAUACUUUCCCAUUGUCCCCUCCUCCCUACUUUGCUCACCACUUUGUGGUCUCUUCUGUUCAUGUCUGGUGGCAUACCAUGGCCCUGGCAGUUCUGGGGAGCAUGGAACAUUUCCUCCAAGGGAGCCUGGAAGAGGCUGCCCUUCCCGCUGGCUGCCUGUGCCGGCAAGUCCCUCCUCGGUGGUCACGCAAAAGCCUUCCUCUUUGCAAUGAUGACACUGCCCUCUGGUGGAAGAUGAGCAGGGUUGCAGCAUGCUUGGAAGAAGUACAUGGAGAUUUGUUCAAAGAGAGGAAAACCGGCUGUGCAGACAGGAUGUCCUAUAGAAAUCGUGUAGGAUGUAAGUGUAUAAUACAGAGUUAACAGGGCAGGCUCUUUAGUCCCAGAGCGGGAGCAUCCGUUAUGGAAAAGGGUAACUGUAUGGUCAUCAUUAGGCAAUCUAAUGCUCAACACUAACAUGAUUCAGCACUAGAUUUCUGUCUUUUGACACAUGCACUGCAGGGUCGUUUUUUUUAAUUUCCCCGGUGAAAGCCAAGCAUUUCUUAUUGUGAUUGCAUUGGCAUGCAGUUGGAUAGACCUUGAGAGAAUCUAGGAACUAGGAGGAGAUCAUGAGAACUCAUGGGCUGGUACGCGCUUGGAAGACAAACUGCCCCACAAGAGGCCUGUGUUUGGACUGACUGUGACUCUCUUCUGUAGGAAGAGGAGAGUGUUUACAAGCUGCCCUUUUCUUGGGGAGUGACAGAUGUGGCUGGACCUCUCUUCCCGUCUUGGGUUGCUCAGUUGCAUCUUGAACCUGCCAAGCCGAUGCACCUCCUUCAAGAAGCAGGUUCUCGCUCUUGUUCCAAUUGGGUGAACCGUGCCAGCAUUUAAAAACAUACAGCUGAGUAUGCAUGUAUGUUUCUACCUAACCAGCAUCUUUUUCUGUCCUGCUGCUGGUUGCUUGCAAAGAAGUUGCUCUGUUGGAGGUUGUCCCCUUUUUUUGUACCUUCCCUAACGGUGGCUCAACAGGCUUCUUCCCUUGACUCGCCCACCCGUAUGCCAAAUUGACCUGAAUGCUACUGGAGCCAGUUCAGCCUGAGGACUUCUUAUGGCUUGGCAUUGGAGAGCCUGAAAUGUUCCAAGCCUGUUUCUGGCUUCCCUGGAGUCUGUUGGCAAUUGUGGGUCUUCUGGCAGGGGUCGGAAUGGUAACCAGCCCACUUGCCAAAGGGUUUGCAGCAGUGGUGGGAUUGUCAGCUCUAAAGCACAAGCCAAGUUAGGUACAUUCUGGUUCUGCAGUUUUGUUUCCAUCAUGCUAUGAAAUGUAUCUUUCACCAGCUCUUCAGAAUGGGGAUGGGGGCAAGCUAAUGAAGGUAGAUGGGCUCAUAUCCCAUGCUCAGAGCUCCCGUUUUUAAACUCCUACAGAUAACAGCCAUUAUUUGCAGGGGUGAGAUCAGUUCAGUUUGGGGCCACAGUACAGGGUGAGAGGGGUUUCUCCACUGUUUGUUCCCUUUUCCUGGUGUAAAUUGGCUACUCAGAGGUGCUGUUUGCCUUGAUAGGGAAUGUAUAGUGUUUUCCCUACUGAGACAAAUAGCAUCUCCUGGGACCUGAUUUAAAUGGGGGGGGGGGAAUACUGUGAAAAGAGGUUAAAUCUACCCCCCUCCAACUCCUAGCCUGGUGUUUAUGUCAUUGAUCCAAAUCCCCCUUCCCACAGCUGCCAUUUGUAAUAGUUUAAAUGAACAGAGUAGUCGUAGAUCUCCAGCUUCCCUUCUCUGGCUCUAAUGGUUGCCAUCAGUGCCAGGGCAAAUAAUCCAUCUUCAUUCAUUUAUAAACCUUUCUGUGUUCCUUUAGAUCUGCAGGGCCAGAGGUCUUACAAACAUUUGUCUGUCUUGGCCCUGGCCCUUCUCAGCCUUAUGAUCCAGAGUUGCUGCUCAGCUGUGUACCACAUGCCCUGUUAGGGGCUGGGCCGGGAACCUUAGGGUCCACCAGUAGGUGAAACCCCUUAGCUGAAUCUUGGGGUUACCCUAAACUUUUGGAGCACCCCUUCUGAAGCCUGGUUGGUCAAGUUCUAAGACUUGUUCCCUUAAGAUAGAGUCCAUCGUAAGGGUAUCUGCCCAGCACUGCUGAGGAUCCAUGUCAUCCUCAAUCCAUCUUCCUCACCUGCCAAAUUUCAGCCAUGGGGUGUAAAUUCCAGAUGUUCUCUUUUGGCAGGACAAAAAACUGAGCUACCUCUGCUGGCCAACUUUUCUUCUCCAUAUUGCUUUGUCUGCAGUCAAGCAACAGCCUCUUUCCCAGCCAGAUCUGUGGUCCCACUUAGAAUACUGGGACAUGCAUAUUUUGGGAUAGUGUAUACUGACUUCAGGUAUUCACGCUCCCUGAGGGUUUGGCCCAGACCAAUCCCACUUACCUCAGAUGCGAAAUAUGCUUGCAAGCACUGGCCUAUUGUUACUGAACAUGCUAAACUCUAAACAAACCAGAAGAAAUACUAAGUAUAUAUUUGGUUGUGGUUAAAGAGAUCCUCUAUGUGUAUGAUACUUUAUCCUUCAGUGAGCAAAUGUCAUUUAAAUUUUUCAGAUGAAAACCAGAUGAGGCCCAAAGUAUAAAGUUUUUCUUGCUGGAUUUCAUUAAGGUUUGGGGACAGGAGAUAUUUGAUUACUAGGGGAUUUUUAAAAACUUGUGUUAACACCAGAUUUAUGUACAUUCAGUUCAUAUGCAGAGAUAAAGUUCUCCAAAGUUUUGUUGUGCACAUUGGCUGGGAAUCUAAUCAGUAGCUUGGAUUUGAUUUUUAAAUAGUUUAUUGUCUGGAAAUUGUUUAAAAACAACCCUGCCACUCCCUUUUUCAAUGUUGCUGUUCCCAAUAGCUAAAGGUCUAGCUUACAGUGGAAUAUAUGAUCUGGGAAUUCAGGGGCAGUGAGCUGUAGGGAGUGUGCUCCGGUUCAGCCAUUUUACUUAACUCCCCGUGUGCCUACAAUCCUCUGCUAAUGUCAGAAUCACAUUUGGCUUCAAUGGGCCAGGGUGUGCCUCUGAAGGCUGUGAAAGGAGCUUCAUUUGCAUCCAACUUGGACCUUGAAUCUUCAACCAAGUUUAAUGGGGUGGGUAGGAUUGCCAGUCCCCCGCUGGGGGCGGGGGAUCUCCAGCUCCCACCCUCCCCCUGCCUUCACUUACUUGGCUGGCAGGGGGGACGCGCCUCCUGGGGUGUGCUCCUGGGCCACGCAGCACACUCUUGCAUGCCACAGAGGCCCAAGCCAGGCCAAAUCAGGGUCAAAUCGGGGUCAAAGUGGCCUGGAUGGGGACCAGAUCGGGCUGCUGUGGAGCUCUGCAACACUCCUGUGCUCCACAGCAGCCUGAUCCAGGCUGAAUCAACCUGGAUUGGGCUGAUGUGGAGCGGGGAAGCACUCCCACACUCCUCAGCAGCCCCAUCCAGCCCAGAUCAGGCUCAAAUCAAGCCGAUUCGGCCCCCUGCAGAGCACAGGAGCACUCCCAGGGUGCCCCUCUGCCCGUACAAUUAUGUCACUUCCCAGCAGUGACAUCAUUGUACGGGCUGGGAGCACGCGUGCGACCCAGAGAAGACCAGGUAGAUGCCAGGCCUCCCAUCUCCCGCUUGGGGUGGGGCGGGACCUGGCAACCCUAGGGGUGGGGGAAGGGGAUAUUCUUUAUUUGGAAGCUGUACUGGUUUAAGAGAGAGGAGUUUAUUUUAGCUGUUACAUUUCAGCAGCCACCCUUGCCUUUCCUCUUCCUGAACUAACUGGGAGUCCUAAACACCUCGAGCCCUUUGCGACAGAAAUUUUCUUGGGCAAUUGGAAAAGGUAAAAAAAAAACCCUACAUCAGACAAUUGCCUUGUGAGAGAAUGGACUUGUGAUGUUUGACUACUCUAGAAAUGUUUCUCAUACACAUUUUCCCUUCCCUCUUGAUUGUACUCUCUCAGAGUUGAAUCAUGCGUAAUUGAGCCUCUCUGCUGUCUGCUGUCUCUUAUCACCUCACUCCCGGCCUCUUCCUCGAUGGCCAGCCAGGGUUUCAGAAAAGCAUGGGCACGCCUUUCGGAAUGAAUUUUCUCCAUCCAACUGUUUUUAAAUGGUGUAUAUUUUAUAUUUUAAAGAAUCCUUUUUGGACGUAUGUAAAGAAAUAGAUUUGUAUUAAAACUUGUAAAUUGUAUAAAAAGUAACACAGAGCACUUGAUGAGAAUGGCAAUAAACCAUUGUCUUUGAUACCGUA